AUGUGGGACGGACUCCUUUGCUGUGUCGUGGCAGCGAUCGGCUUUGGCAGUGUCUUCGUCCCAAUGAGGAGACACCCAAUGGGAGAUGGCUUCUUUGCUCAACUCUUCCUCUGUUUGGGCUCUUUUCUGAUCGUUUUCCCGGUGGGUUUAUGGUAUCCACCGGUGAUCUACCCAGAAGCAAUGAUUGGAGCAUUUUUGUGGUGCUUUGGAAAUUCUGUUUGCGUGAUGUUGAUGAAUCGAGUGGGUAUGGCUCAAGGAAUGCUUUUGUGGAACACGACGAGUUGCUUGAUGGGAUGGGCCACAUCUAGAUUCGGCUUCUUUGGAGUGAUCCCUCAACUACCGCAAAGCUUCACCUUAAACUAUAUUGGGGUUGCAUUACUGAUUACUGGAGCCACUUGUUAUCUCUUUAUCAAGAGCACCCUCUCCUCAUCAAGCAGCUCAACAAAAGAACUCGAAAAACAAGACAAACAAGUCGAUCCAGAAUCAGUGCAUGUUUCAUCCAUUGAGAGAACUAUUGCAAUGGGCUGCUGUGUGGUGAUCGGUUUAUUGUUCGGCUCAUUUUAUACACCAAUUGCUUACUUACAGAGUAAAGUCGACGAAGGCUACCCAUCAACAGGCCUCGAUUACAUUUUCUCGUUUUUCAUUGGAGUUGUCGUCACGUCAUUUUUGAUCUUCAUCGUUUAUUGUUAUGUGAAAAAAGGAAAACCAGAAUGUGAUCCAAACAUCGCUUUGCCAGCCUUCUAUGGUGGUUUAAUGUUUGGCGCAUCGAUGUGCUUUUUCUUGGUGGCAAACGAGAAAUUGUCUCCGACAGUAGCAUAUCCAAUCGUGGCGAUGUUGCCCGGAUUUGUCGUCUCUUUAUGGAGUGUGAUCUACUUCAAAGAGAUUACGGGCAAACGAAAUCUGACUCUCCUCGGUGUCGCUUAUGCUCUAACAUUAAGGCCAUUGAAAGUCGGUGAUGUCAUCAAUGUGAAAGGAAAAAUACAGAAUGGACCUUAUAGUUGGGCUUGCAACUUUGAACAAACUUUUCUCAACAAUGUUUUCAUUCAUGUCGUUUCUCGAAACUUUGAAAGGAAAACGGUUUUCAGUGCAAGGCCUGGUUGUUGUGCGUCGGAAUGGCAAAAAAGGCGAUCACCACGACGGACUUCCCUACAUUGGAGGUGCUCACUU